AUUAAAUGCAUAAAAAAAUGAAAUGAACUUCAAAACAUAUUCGUCUAAAUUAUUUCUGCAAUUUUGAUUGGAAAUGCAGACAGCUUUCAACAAAUCUUUUAUUUUUUUUCUGAUUUUCUAAACAUUAUGAGAUUGGAUGAAGCAUGAAUGUGCAACUUGCAACAGGGUUCUCAGUUGCUGUUGUUGCUGUUCUAUUCUACUAUGACCUGCUAUUCACCACUUUUACCCUUUGUGCCCACAUUUUUGUUGCCUUAAUAGGCAUCUAUCUUGGUGUAUCAUGGGCCUUGGUUCAAGGGAAGCAGUAUGUUCCACCUGCUUUGCCGAAAGAGCACCAGCAUUCUCAUGUCAGACUGAUUCUUCAAAACAUGAUUGAGGCUAAGUCUGGUCAGAUAAAUGGACCGAAAAAAGUGCAGAUUUCUCGUAACAUGGACCUAGAGCUGCAGGAGGUGAUAGACUUGGUGUUGCGAGACUUCAUUCUGUCAUGGUACAAAGACCUUUCUGUGGACCAGGAUUCACUGCUGGCUUACCUACAGUCUGAUUUAUGGAUUGUUAUUGCAAACAUCAGUGCUCGUCUUUCCAAAAUUGAAAAAGUUCAGUUUGUUACCCAGGAUAUGGUGCAAAAACUAAAGAUUCAUUUUCAAGAUAUCAGACUGGCUUCCAGAAAGGGUCCUACAGAUGGUACAAUGACGACAUUCAGUCUCCAUCCUUGGCUGCGGUCGGAGGAAUCUGAGCUGAACUAUCUUAGGAAAGUAAGCGAGGCGCUUCUCCUGGUGCUACUGCCCAGGUAUUACGCCAAGUCCCCUCCCAUCCGACACUUACUGCGAGAAGUCAUGGCCACCACAGUUUUAAAACCUUCCAUAGAGCUGUUGUGUGACCCUGAUUACCUCAACAUCAAACUUCUGGCUUACAUAGAAUACCGCGAAAAACUCUCAGAGGAUACAAGAAGAACAUACACAUAUGCCGCUACAUACGAGGACUUCGUUAAGAUGAUCAGAAAGUGUGAAGACAUUGAACAUUUGAAACAACUCCGAUUCAACAUCAUGACAGAAAUCAUGCAGGCAACUACAAUUGAUAAACUAAAGAAGACACAGCCAACUGAAAAAGAGAAACCAGGAUCACCGAAAAGUAAGAGUACAGAUAAAGGGGGACUUCUACAGAAGAGGAACCUUAAAAGAUAUAUAAAUCAGCUGCAAGUGGCAAAGGCUCGUUGUGAGAAGCAGAUCUGUAACUUGGGAGGGUUGGACUACAAGUCAUACUUCAGUGGCACGGGGGAGGGGCAGUCCAAGUCACUGCCUCUAGAAAGGGUAUUGCCAUUGUCGACCAUACUAGAGACAGUGCAGGGCCAGGACUAUUUUAUGUCUUUUCUAAAGAGAGAGGAUAAAGAAACACUCCUUGGGUUUUGGAUAGCAGUUGAGAAAAUGAAAACAGCACAUAAGACGCAGCUCCACCACCUGGCUACAGACAUAUAUGAGCGCUAUGUGAACAAUUCAACCAGCGCUGUGAAAGUUGAUAGGCAUACGGCCAAGAACAUGGAGACUUUCAUGAUGGGAGAUUCUGGCCCAGAAGCAUUUUAUGAGGCCCAACAGGAUGUGUUUAAACGGCUGGAAAGCCAGCACUAUCCUUCAUUCCUUGUGAGUGACCUCUACCACCGGUAUGUGACCUCCAUGGAGGAAGAGGCAGCGGAGUCAGAGGGGUCAAAGGGCAAAGCUGAGCUGUUUUUUGAGCCUACAGAGGAGGAUGAGGAAGAUCUGGAAAUGUUUUCUGUGCAGUCGUACCAUGCUAAGCAGAAACUCCAGCAGCUCGACUCUAAAAUCUCCAAUAAAGCACAAGCCCUGGAUGCACUCAAAACCCAAAAGGCUGAUAGCAAGAUCUCAAAAGUCCUGGAUGAGAUGGAAAGUCAUAUAGAGGCUAUGAGGGAAGAAAAACAUCGUCUAGAGAGCCACAUACUCCGGACAGAACAGUGGUGCACCAAUACCGGCCAGUGGAGGGCACAUGUGUAUGGGGUGGAUAUGGUUAAGGAGGGAGACAAGACACUCCCCAUAUUCACCCUCGUGAUUCACCUGGCUGGCAGCAGUGCCCACCACAACCUCCAGUCAUCCUCCCAGGGUUGGGUGGUACACAGGAAACUCCAGGACUUUUAUACGGCACAUGAAAAGUUUGUACAGAUAGCUGGUUCAUGGUUAAAGAACAAAGAGCUGCCUAAGAUCAGAGUGUACACAACUGUGGAUGAGAAAUUUCUGAAGGAGGCAAAAGCUACACUAAAUGAUUACCUAUCAGCCAUAAUGAAGGAUGAUCGGCUCUGUAACAGCGAGGCACUUUAUGGAUUACUUACUCCAACACCAGAGUACUUUAAACAGCCAGGCCAGGAAAAGAAAAAUGAAUUCUUCUUAACAUCAUUUCUGAAAAGCUUACCCACUAUCGGCCAGGAUACCAAAGAACCUUAUGAGGACCUAUACUUUGCAAGUGAAGACAGACCUGAAGACAGAACAAAGGACUCGAUAGCGGAGCCCCUGUAUGGGCUGAUCAAGGAGGUGUAUGAUUUACAGGGCAUGUUCCGUUGGUUCAGGAGAACCUUCAUCACCUUUGUGGAGGUCAGCUUUGGCAGAUCCAUCAACAGACAGCUACGUGAGACAGUGGACUGGAUGUUUUCGGAACCAAUGAUCAUCUACUAUAUCCGUAACUUCCGUGAGUCCAUGUGGCCAAAUGGCAAGCUGGCUGAUCCUGUACCAACAAGGACAGAUGAGGAAAAACUCAGGACCAGGCUUAAAGCCAAGGAGAAAUUUAUGCGAAUGCAGCCAGAUGCUGUGAAGAGCCUUGUUGGAGAGGAGAAUGCCAGAAGAGGAACGAUCAAAAUGUUUGAAGUAAUGCAGGAUGUCAGACUGAAUAAACACAUCUUAUAUGAACUGCUGCUGCUUCUCCUCAAGCAGGUGAUACCUGAACUUGCAGCAAAAUCAAGCGAUGCCGACAAGCCGUAUGAAAGUGACUCGCCCAUGGUUGUCAGUUCGAAUUAUGGUUCAUCGCCAACUUCUGAAAUGCAAGAACUUUUAUUUAAGACAUGAAGAUUGAGCUCAUGGUGUUAUGUAUUGAGGCUAUCUUUCCGUAGUGCAAUAUUUAUUGAAUGAUUAAGUUUCUGUGCUGUUGACAUUUAUAUGUGACAAACUGUUAUAUACAUGAGAUUUAUACAAUAACGGAAUGAGAAUUGGUGUUUUUUUGCCAUUUGUAGACAUUUAUUCAAAAUUAAAUACAAAAUUAAGACAGUAUGACUUUUUGAUUGGUGAAAACUAAAAUAUGGUGUAAAUCUAAACUUUUGAUAAAUAAAAUAUGGUGUUAAGGUGAACUUUUGAUAAUCUUUUUUUUUGUAUGAAAUUAGAAUUGUGUUGAAAUCAGCACAAGCGUUACACUGUAUUUGUCUUAAUUGGUUUGUGGAACAAUUUAAGUCUAAGUACAAAUAACGCUUGCUAUAAUUGAUUAAUUGGAAAUGAUAUACAAUGUAAAAUCUUCUCAGCCAUUCCAGUAUAGUCCAGAUUGCAUCUACUAAUUUGAAUAGGUUUUAUGACCAUAAAGCAAUGAACUCUGUGGGGAGUGUUUUUAUGAGAUCAUCUAGAUAUUAAAUCCUAUUCAUACCUUAUUUCAUAUUUAUUGCUGUGUCAAAAUGCCAUCUUUUCGGAAUAAGAAGAUUAUACGAUUUCAUUUUAUCAGGAAAAAUAGAGUUCCCAGGUAGUGAAAAAACACAAAGUUAUGGCAUAUAGUUUAAUUGAGUAAUUUUGCAUGUUUGUUGAGAUUUUUGUUACACAUUUCUUUCAUUGUCUGGAAAUGUAUUAUUACAUAGUUCCAAAAUGUGCAAUAAUACUGUUGCCUAUAUCAUUAUGAUGAACUAUUAAAACUAUUAUAUUUG